GCUGGGGCGGGCUGGCGCGGCGUGUUCCCGGCCGCAGGGCCCCGCGUGCGGUGUUCGCCCCCGGCCUGCGGCAAGGGCAAGGGGCGCCCGGUCGACCAGCUCUCGCGGCCCGGCGGGCGUGGAGGCCUGGCCCCGGGCGCAGCCUGUGCCCGGUCCCCGCCCUGCUCGGGGGUCCGGGGCCUGUGGGGGGUGGCUCUGGGCGCUGGGACUCGGCCUGGCAGGCUCGGCCCGGCCGCCGCGGCCAGCGAGUGACCGCCUUCCGAGUCCUUCCCUGGCAGAAGUCGGGCCUCCCCCGCGGGGGGAAUCCUCAGGGAUCGCGGGCGGCCGGGGCCGACCGUACGGGGCCCUCGGGCUCUCGUUUCCCUGCCGAGAACUUGGGAGCCCACGGGGAUCUCAGCGAGCCACACUUGCUCAAAUUCGGGCGAUUAUUCGUAGCAGGGCUUGGGGGUGGGGUCGCGCGCUCGGUGAAAUACAGAUUCUCAGGCGCCCUUCCCCAAAAUGGCAGUUAGAAUAGUGGGGGGGGGGGGGGCAGGUAGGCCUGGGAAUAGGCGUUUUAAACAGACGUUCUAACUGCUUUUGGGGAAGCCCCAAGCCUAGUUCAACCCUUGGUUUUAAUAAACUCUCCUUUUGUGGCGAGGGGAUGGUGACUCGGUCCAGGUCGUCUAGCUUUUAAUGCCCCAGCGCUAAGUGGGCCCGCACCGGCCCUGUCUUCCUGAUCUGCCAGCAGGUUGGUAGCCCCCUCCGCGAUUGGGACUUUGUGGUUCCUUUGAGGCCUUGGCUCUGAGGCCUCUGCUGCUGGGGUGCUGGGGUCCUUCCCUUAGGCCACAAGGCUCCCUAACCCCUGCAACAAGAAGGCCCUGUGGCUGCCGAGCCCCGAAGAGCUGGUUCCAGACUGGAGGGGGAUUGGACCUUGUCUUUACUGAAACAGUUGUGUUAUUUGAGCAAAACUUGUCUCCGGCCUGGCUGAGCUCCCAUCGGGGGCCCAGGAUAGGGGAGGCAAGUCCUAGAUAAUUAAUCGUUGUCUCCGACAGGUCAGCAAGGUCCCGGCAUUUGGAAGAGGGCUGCCUCCACCUCUUGAAGCACGAGGCCACUUUUUCUCAGGCAACUUCAAUUUCUGGUUUCUUUGAAACCAUCUUGCCAGUAAGGGUCAGGGAAGCCACUCCUGACCUGCAGGGCCCUGAGCCCUUUCAGAAGGGAGAGGGCCCUCCUCCCCCCAACAGAGGAAAGGUGGUAGGGCCAUUUCGCAUGCAAGCCGCCUGAAGCUCAGCAGAGCUCCGUCCGGAGCGGAGUUAAAUCCUGCUCUGCCUGCUUGAAAGUCCUGGUUUUCUGGUCUGUUAACAAUGUACCAGCUGACUUAGCAGAGCGCUGCCCCGCUGGCACGUUGCCUCCCGGGCCUCGCUGGACCCCGGCGGUGAGCUUAUUGGGAUGGUACCCCGGGAAGGCCCUGAGUCCGCCCAGCGCCUGUGCCCUUCCCUGGCUGGCCUGAAUGCCAAGGAUGUGCUUCGGAGAAAGCACAAGACGAGGAGCCGACAGCACCAGCGAUUCAUGGCCCGGAAGGCCUUGCUGCAGGUGCAGGGACUGCUGAGCACGCCCGCAGGGCCGGGAUCCUCCCCACUGCUCGCACGGCCGGAGGCGCUGCCGGGCUCUGAAGCCACCAGCAGCAGGAUGCAGCGUCCAAGGAAUGAAUCUGGAGGUGCCUCGUGCAGCCGAAAGCCCACGCCCAGGGAAUCCACAGCGCCCUGGCCCAGCAAGUGCGUGGCUAUCGACUGCGAGAUGGUGGGCACGGGGCCCCGCGGGCGGGUGAGUGAGCUGGCCCGCUGCUCUGUGGUGAGUUACCACGGCGACGUCCUCUACGAUAAGUACAUCCGGCCGGAGAUGCCCAUCGUGGACUACCGUACUCGCUGGAGUGGCAUCACUCGGCAGCACAUGCGCACAGCCAUCCCCUUCCAGGUGGCCCAGAAAGAGAUCCUCAAGCUCCUGAAGGGCAAGGUGGUGGUGGGGCACGCGCUACACAACGACUUCCAGGCCCUCAAGUACGUCCACCCUCGGAGCCAGACCCGGGACACCACCUACGUGCCCAACCUGCUCCAGCGACCUGGCCUCCAUACGCGCACCCGGGUCUCUCUGAAGGACUUGGCCCUGCAGCUGCUGCACAAGAAGAUCCAGGCUGGCCGUCACGGCCACUCGUCGGUGGAAGACGCCAUGACGGCCAUGGAGCUCUACCGGCUGGUCGAGGUGCAGUGGGAGCAGCAGGAGGCCAGCAGCCUCCCCGCCUGCCCGGAGGACCGGGAGCCCGACAGCGGCACAGACACGGAGCAGUACAUGGAGGACCGGUACUGGCCGGAGGACCUGGCCCAGGGCCCCAGCGGAGGAGCGGGGGAUGCACAGGACAGAGGCGAGUGAGGCCAGGGAGGCUCCCGGGUGGCCUCCGAGGGCGGCGAGUGGUGUGUGGGGGCCAGGCGAGCCCCGGGCACCGCGUCCUGGGCGGGACGGGGUGCCGCUAGCCCGCUGCCGGCACCCGGGGGUUGGGACCACCGGUCCUCCUGGCUCCCUCUGCCCACGGCGCGGCCCUCCCCUCCCCAGGGCUACUGCGGGCACUUUGUCCCCACCCCUGUGGUCGCUAAUGGUGCUUCAUCAUAGACACCGUGAAAACGUCAGGUGGGCAAGCUGUGAGGACCCAGCCCGAGGAGGGACUGUGCCACAGACGGUCCUGGCUGUCACUGGCCUUCCCCGCCCCCAGGCUGCGCUGUCUAUAGGGAUGACGUCUCCUCCUUGGGGUGUUAGUUCAGCUCAGUGACUUGGUAAAGCCCUCUUGUUGUCCUCUGCCCCGUCCUCCACAGGCACGUCAGGUUCAGAAGGAGUAUGCCCUGAAUCUGUAGAGUGAAGGCCACUCUACGGGGCCCUCCUUCGCUUUCUCUCGGAACUGGAACUCCGGCUGUAGCCGUAGUGGGAACCCAGCGCGAGGCUACGAUGGCAUGGCAGGGCUCUCAGGCUCAUGGGGUAUUGGCACCAGAAGUCACCAGGCACUGGUGGGAGGACGAAAGCCGAUAGGCUUUGGGUGGGGAGUGUGGCAUACUAAUUUUGACCCAAAUCAGGCAUUUCUCCUGCCCAUGCAGCACGAGGCUCCCUUAAGCACAAGCCUGAGGAACAAGACGGCAGCUUGAAUCCCGGGACCCCUGUGCAGAACCGCACCCAAGGGACCUUAUUUAUCGAGAGCAAGGCCAGCGGUGUGCCGGGGAGCAGAGUGGGUGUCCCCCGGGGAUAGGGCCGGGCAGUGGCGGCCGUGCAGUGCACCCGCACCCGGGCUGGGGUCCCCUCAGGGACUUUGAUCCACAGUCAUUGUGGUUAUUGGGUUUUCUCCAAAUUUCUAGAACUGCUCUCUGUCAGGAUUUCAUCUCCCACCCUUCUUUCCUUGUUUCCUAAGGGGCAGUUUGGGGGUAUUGAGGUUCAACCAAGAGCUCAGGUCCACACAGACCGUUGAGCCCCAUCUUGGCUUGCCACUUAAUAGCUUUGAGACCUCAAGUCUUUGACCUCACUCUUGAGCCCGUUUCCUUGUCUGUAAAAUGGGGAUAAUGAUAUAACCUACCUCACAGAACUGUCACGGGGGGACGCUAAGUGCUUAGUGCAGUGCCUGGCACUUCACAAGCCCAGGUCGGUGGGAGCAGCUAUUUUUUCUUCAAGGGUCACUGUCAGCCUCUUCUGGGUCACACCUGAACACGCCCCUUGGCUUGAGUGGCUUCGGCCCAGACGGGGACUGUCCUUCCUUGCUUAGCUGUUCCAGCAGGUGGGGCACCGGGCCAGCUGUGGACACAACCUGGAGGUGCUGGGUUCUCCCUGCGGCCGUGUGACCUGUGUAUACUCCGCGUCCCUCUGUGUGCAGGAAGCUGACGAUGGUUUCUGUGUCCAUCUGGGCCAAGCAGCAGGGCCAGGAGCUGAGAGACGCUGCUGAAACCACACUACUUUGAACUUGUCUGUCACCAGCUCCCUCGCCGUCUGCAGAGUGGGGAGCUGGCUGAGGCGCUGACCUCUGCUGGCCUGGCUCCAGGGCUUUGUUCUGGAGUCCUUAAUAGUCUGUAGCUGGCGCCAGACUCCCAGCUGGGGCGUAGCUUCGAUUCUUGGGGCUGUGGGUUGAAGAAAGAUGGAGCUGUUACCAGCAGGGAAAUGUACUGGCUUUAAAAUCAGCUUUGUUGUAAAACCAAUUGUUCUGGAAUAAAACUCCGCGAGAAACGUG